AUGGUUUAUGAAAGAAAAUUUGAAGAACUGUCAAAGUAUGCUCUGCAUAUGGUGGCUACUGAGGAGCUGAGGGCCGAACAGUUUGAGCAAGGAUUGAGGCCUGAUGUUAGAAAAGCAGUGGCUACAUUUCAGUUGAAGACUUACACUGAGGUCGUUCAAAAGGCCCAGAUCUAUGAAGCAGCUGACAAAGGGAACACCCAACCUGAGGGUGAGACUCUGAAGAAAAAGUUCAAGCCAAAUAACUUUAAAGGAAAGUGGGCGACGAACCAAAAGAAGAGAUCCCAAGAUAAGGGAUCCAGAUUGGAAUGUCCCAAGUGUGGCAAGAGCCACAAGGGAGAAUGCUUGAUGGGUACCUCAACUUGUUUCAAGUGUGGUAAGAGUGGACACUAUGCAAGAGACUGCAAGUCUGGUGGUGGUUACCAAUGGCCUGAGAAGACUAAGCAUAUUGGCAAGAAAGUAGUGGAAAACCAAAAGCAAAAGACUCCUGGAAGAGUUUAUACUUUGACUACCAAGGACGUUGAAGUUUCACCUUCAGUGGUAGCAGGUAUAAUGAGUGUUUCUGGUAUGCUUGCCUAUGUUUUAUUUGAUUCGGGGUCUACGCACUCCUUUGUUUCUUAUGAGUUUGCUAGUAUGAUGGACGUGGAACCCAAGAAUAUGGAUUAUCUGUUGUGUGUGUCUACACCUUCUGGACAUGUUAUAGAGACUGAUGUGAUCUAUGAGUUAUGUGCUAUAGAUAUUAAUAGGAAGAGACUUGAGGCCAACCUAGUGUUACUAGAUAUGAAAGACUUUGAUGUAAUACUAGGGAUGGAUUUGCUGACAACUUAUCAUGCUAGUGUGUUACGUUUUGAAAAGUUGGAGGUUCUAAGACCAAUUGGAGAACCAGAAUUUAAAAUUUCUGGAGUUAAGAUGGGAGCACCACCAUCAAUGAUGAUUUCUACUUUAUAA